AGCACUAUUGUGUUGCUUACUUCCAGUGCUGUAAAAUAUCCGCAGAGGAAACACAUUUUGGAUAAGAACUUUUAGUUGAUUGUGACUAUUGCAUUGAUUUAAGACUUACUAGAAACUGAAGUUGUUGCUCCAGAAGGAACCCCAAAACUGUCCAACUUUCCGUAUAAUGACCACUGCAUCCCGGGAUAUAAACGAUCUUUUCGACGAUAUUGUCCUAACCGAGGAGAAAGAAGCUCGAUUGGGCUACGAGGAGGGAUUGAAAGACGGCCAGGAGCAGGGCAACGAGGAGGGCUACAAAUUGGGCUACGCCCAGGGAGUAUCCCUAGGCGAGGAGCUGGGUAGGAUUCUCGGCCAGGUGGUGGCCCAGCAGCAACGCAACCACACGGACAAGGUGCGACGCAGUCUGGAGCAGCUGCGCUCACUCAUCGAGCAGUUCCCCCGCACCAACGAUCCGCAGGCGGACAUAGUGGGAUCUGUGCAGAACAUCCGAUCCUCCCACCGUCGCCUCCGCGCCCUAUUAGGAUCCAAUAAAAUUCCCGGAACAGCGUCAUCUGAAUCUCCUGUUGCUGAACGCAAGGAUUACAGUUUCUAG